AUGUUAUAUUCUGGAAAAGAAACAGAUGCCAGUCUUUAGACAACAUUCGGCAUGAACAGUUCGAAAUUCAACGCGUACCAAGAUUUCGAAUGGGCGGUGAUACUGAAUCGUAUGGCUUUAGAUUUUAUUGGACUUUGGCCAAAAACCGUACAGAGCCAUCGACAGAAGUUAAUGUGUAACUGUCGGGUACUUAUCGUAUUUCUUGGGGUAAUGUUUGCUAUUCUGGUUCCUGCUAUACAUUCAUUACUAAGAAUUUCGGGCGAUAUCAUGCUAAUGCUAGACAAUUUACAAUUUACUUUACCGGGCAUAAGCUGCUCGAUAAGAAUCAUAAUUUUUUGGUGGAAAAAAGAAGCUAUCAUACCGAUCAUGAAUAUGAUGGCGGAGGAUUGGCUAAAAUCGAAAAGUGUUGAAGACAGAAACAUUAUGAUUAGACAGGCGAAGAAUGCACGCAUUAUCAUUACUUGCGCCUACUGCAUAAUGGGUGUAGCCUGUUUCUUUAUUAUCCUUCUCCCGGGUUUUGGGAUAUCAAUGAGAUUGACGCCUAAUAUUACAGACCCAGGCAGACCAAUGCCUCUACAAACGUAUUAUAUUUACGAUAUAACAAAAAGGCCACAGUACGAACUAACAUUUAUUAGUCAAGCUAUCUUCAUAGUUCUUUCAAUGAUGUCUUAUUCUGGAAUCGACAAUUUUCUUGGGUUAUUAAUCUUCCAUAUAUGCGGCCAAUUGGACAUUCUUAAAAAUCGUCUGACAUAUCUGCACACAUAUAUCGAUUCUCAUAAUAUGCUAAAGAGCUGUGUGAUGAAGCAUAUUCGUUUACUUAGAGCCAUUGAGAUUAUUGAAGAUACGUAUAACGUAACACUUCUAAUUUUAUUUGUAUACUUUGCAGUUCUCUUCUCUUUCUACGGUUUUCGUAUAACUAACCUCUUUGAUGAAGGAAAUGAUCUAUCCAUUACUCAAUUAAUAUAUUUAAUAUCUAACGUUUUCAAUAUAUUUGCGCAUAUGUGCUUGUAUUGUGCCAUUGGUGAGAUUUUGACAGCACGGUGUAGUGAAAUAUAUUAUGCAGCAUACAGUAACGAAUGGUUUUCUGUGGACUCAAAAAUUACGAAGAAUUUGUUGUACCUGCUGCUAAGAGGCUCUAAACCAGUGUAUCUUACUGCUGGGAAAGUGUUUCCUAUGACAAUGGCUACAUUUUGCGGGUUACUGAAAACAUCAGUUGGUUAUAUAUCAGUUUUGCAUACAACAAACAGUAAAUAAAGAAGAUAAAAGUGUGAACAUUUUUCAAUCUUAUACAACGUUUAAUAGAACAUAGUUUAUAAAUUGUGCAAAUAGUUAUUGUUACUUACAAAUAAAAUGUAAAUCUUACUCUGGAGAUGGAAUAUGAUACGGAUUUUAUUAGACAGAA